AUGACUAUUCCCAUAUCUGUGUACGAGGUGGCGAUGCACACAGAGUACUACACGCGGCCAAGGCUGCAACGCCAUGUCAUCCGCAUCUUGUGGAUGGUCCCCAUUUACUCGAUCGACGCGUGGCUGGCCCUGCGUUUCAAGGACGCGCGGCUGUACCUCGACCCUGUGCGUGAGUGCUACGAGGCUUACGUAAUAUACAACUUCUACGCUUACCUCAUGAACUUCCUGGAGGACGAGCUGGGCUGCGUGGACGAGUACCUCGCGCACAAGGCCCCGAUCCCGCACCUCUGGCCGCUGUCAAAGUGA